AUGGACGUGCCCUGGCCCCUGGGGCUGAUUCUACUCUUGGGAACUCCCCUCACCCACGCUGAGCCUCUGUAUAUCCUGGUGACCCCUCGAGUCCUGCGGGUUGGUAGCCCCGAGAACAUCCAUAUCCAGGCCCAUAGUGACUCUGAGCAGCCUCUCACCAGGCCCUUGGCGGUGAACCUCACUAUAUGGGACUUCCCCGUGAAGAAUACAAUGGUGGCUCAGAGGCAACUCACUCUCUCACCUGGAAACCACUUUAUGGACAUGGCCUCCAUAACGAUUCCUGACAGCCUGGUACACCCACCGAAACCAGGACAGCAGUAUGUCAUAAUCCGGGCAAACUGGGUGCCCUUCUCAGUCUCCUCAUUCAUGGAGAAGAUUGUGUUGGUGGCUCCCCAUGCUGGCUACAUCUUCAUCCAGACAGAUAAGACCAUCUACACCCCUGAUCACUUGGUUCAUUACCGAGUGUUUACUGUGGACCACAAGAUGGAUCCUGUGGCCAGGACAUUCACUCUGAACAUCAAGAAUCCGGAAGGGAUUACAGUGAUCAGCAAGAGUCUGCUGGCCAAGGAUGGCCUCUUUGCAAGCUCCUUCAAUCUCCCAGAGCUCAUCAGUUUUGGGACCUGGACCAUUGAAGCCUGUUACCAGAGUGCACCCCAGCAGAUGUUCAAGGCAGCCUUUGAUGUGAAGGAAUACGUGCUCCCAUCUUUUGAGGUCCAGCUGACCCCAAACAAGACUUUCUUCUACCUCAGUGACAAGGCUCUGGGUGUUGACAUCCAUGCCUGGUAUAUAUUCAACAAACCUGUGGAUGGACAUGCUCUGGCCAUCUUUGGGGUGGAACAGGAUUCCCGCCGGAUCCCCAUCCAAAGCUCCCUGCAGAGGGUGGAGAAAGACACUCUGAUGGCUGCAUUCCAAGGCCCAGAAGAGAACUUCCUUGGGGCUUCAAUAUAUGUCAACAUCACCGUGUUCUCCACAGGGGGUGAGAUGGUCCAGACAGAGACCUCAGGAGUGAAGAUUGUCCAGAGCCCAUACAACAUCAAGUUCAUCAGGACACCCCAGUAUUUCAAGCCAGGAAUGCCGUUCCACUUUAGGGUUUUUGUCUCAAACCCUGAUGGGUCCCCAGCCUCCAACAUCCUCAUCCACUGUGAGGACCACAAAAUGCGCACCUCAGCUGAUGGGGUGGCUGCUGUGACCAUCAACACGAGGGCAGAUCUGGACCAGCUUCCCAUCCUGGUAAAAACUGAUGAGUCUCUCCAGCCAGAGGAGCAGGCAUCAGCCAAGAUGAUAGCUCAGCCCUAUUCAACUCAGGAUGGGUCAGGGAAUUUUCUGCAUAUUGAGGUAAAGACAUUGGCCCCAGAAGUUGGAAGCAGCAUUCACCUGAGCCUCAACACAAAGCAUCGGAACCCUGAAACCCAAAACCAGAUCACCCACUUUACCCUCCUGGUCCUGAGUAAAGGUCAGGUUGUGUAUGCCAAACAUCAGCUAAAAGUCCAGGGAGGUGUCUACACGUCAACCAUUAUUGAUGUGACUCCAGAGAUGCUGCCAUCCUUCCGCAUCCUGGCCUUUUAUUUACUGCCAAGGGGAGCAAGCCAAGACCCUGAGUUGGUGGCUGAUUCCUUAUGGAUUGAUAUGAAAAAGAAAUGCAUGGGGACGCUGAAGGUUGGCUUGAAGAAUGAAGGAAGAUUCCAUCAUUUUGAGCCCAACAGCAAACUGGAACUGAAGGUGACAGGUGAUGCAGAGGCCACAGUGGGGCUAGUGGCUGUGGACAAGGCUGUCUAUGUUUUGAACAGCAAACACAAGCUCACUCAGAAGAAGGUCUGGGAUGUGGUGGAGAAGCAUGACAUUGGCUGCACAGCAGGCAGUGGCAAAGAUAGACUUGCUGUAUUUAAGGAUGCUGGAUUGGACCUAAAGAUCAGCACAGGGAUGAGCACUCUGGCAAGCUCAGACUGGCGCUGCCCCCAGAGCCUACUUCCUAGCCGCCACCGCCGCUCUCUGAAGAGACUGGAGGCAAAGAGGAAUGCAGUGAAUGAGUUCAAGACAGAGCUGGAGAGAAGGUGCUGUGAGGCUGGGCUCCGAGAGAGCCCAGUGGGCCUGCUGUGUGACAAGAGGACCCAGCAUGUCCGCCACGGCCCUGCCUGCGUGGCUGCGUUCCUGAAGUGCUGCCAUCUGUCUGAGUCUCUGACUCGGGAGGCCCGGGAGGAGCACCUGGUUCUGGGGACAAUGGAUGAUGACGAGGACUUUGAUGACAUCUUCGAUGAAGAAAUGCCCAUCCGGACCUCCUUCCCAGAAAGCUGGCUGUGGAGGAAGUUUACUCUGCCUAAGAGUAAUUCUGGCUCCCUCUCCCAUUACACCAUCCUUACAAACGUGCCGGAUUCCAUCACCACGUGGCAGUUUGUGGCCAUCAGUCUCAAGACUGGACAAGGCCUCUGUGUCUCAGAUCCCUUCGAGCUGACAGUUAUGAAAUCGUUCUUUGUGGACAUUAAGUUGCCCCCCUCCAUGGUCAGGAAUGAGCAGGUCCAGAUCCAAGCUGUGCUGUACAAUUUCAAGAACCGCCAGGUCAAGGUCCGUGUGGAGCUCCCUCACAAAGAGCACUUGUGCAGCGCGUCGAAGCCAGGAGCCCCAUCCCGCCAGGUGGUGGUUGUGCCCCCCACCUCCUCCAAGACUGUGUACUUUGUGAUUCUCCCUCUGGAGAUGGGCAAAGUGGAUGUGGAGGUUAAGGUCGUGGGCAGUGGGAUCCUGGACCAUGUAAAGAAGACACUUUUGAUCCAGACCUCCUCAGCUCUGGAGUCUGUUUGUCACAGAAGUUGUGCCUGCUCAGGUCAGACGCAGACAGAGUUGGUGUCAAGACGGGACAUUUUGAACAAGGUGCCCGACACGGAAGCAGAAGUGUUUGUCAGCGUCCAAGGUGACAUUCUUGGUGAGACGAUCCUGGGCAGCCUGACACCCACAGAGACACAGCAGCUGCUGAGGAUCCCGACUGGGUGCCCCGAGCAGACACUGAGCUCCCUGGCACCUCUGAUCCUCCUGACCAACUACUUGGACACCACAGGCCAGUGGGCCAAAGUUGGGGUAGAGCUCAGGGACAAGGUGACGGAGAACAUCAUCAGCGGUUACACCCGGAUGCUGACUCACCGGAGUUCAGACGGCACCUACCACAUCCACAAGGGAAACCCAGGAAGUACUUGGCUCACGAGCUAUGUGUUCCGGAUCUUCGCCCUGGCCUCCAAAAUCAGCGUGCUCAACCCGAACUCUCUCUGUGAUGUUGCCCAUUGGAUCAUCACCCAGAGGCAGAUGAAGGACGGGCACUUCAUAGAAAAAGGCCCUGUGGUCGUGAAGUCCAUGCAGGGUGGCUACCGAGGCUCCGAGGCAGACAUAUCCCUCACGGCGCUUGUCCUGAUCUCCCUGAACGAGGGGAAGGAGUUGUGCGGACAGGAAGUACUGAACUUGACUGGCAGCAUCAACAGAGCCCGUGACUUCCUGGAGAAACAGCUUCCUGAUAUUAAGACAACCUUUGCCAUAGCCAUAGUCUCCUAUGCACUGGCCCUCGCCAAUAGCCCCAAAGCCAAUGACCGUCUGGACACGUUUGCCAGCCAUGACAAAAGCCAUUGGCCAGUGGAAGAAAAGGACUGGUACUCCUUGUACACCAUUGAAGCCACAGCCUAUGCACUGCUGCAAAAGCUGGAGCUGGGUCGGAUCAGUGAGACACACACCAUCGCCAAGUGGUUACUGGAGAAGCGGGAACUAGGAGGGGGCUUCCGGUCCACCCAGACCACGGUGGUGGCUCUCCAGGCCCUGACCCGCUUCCGCGAAGCUGUCCCCUUUGAGGGCGUUCAGGAUCUCCACAUCCAGAUCAGUGCUCCCAAGAGAGCCAUGAAUGUGGAGUGGCUCAUCGACCAGAACAAUGCCUACCAGCAGCGGUCAGCAAAGUUCUCAGCCCAGGAUGACCUAGAGAUCAAAGCCAGUGGCACCGGAAGAGGCACCAUCUCGAUCCUAACCAUGUACCAUAAGAUCCCAGAGCCGGGGGAGGACACCUGCAAUCAGUACCACCUGAAUGUGACCCUCCACAGUGCGCUGGAAGAGAAGAAAAAAGGGGAGGAGACCUUCCACCUCCGGAUGGAAACAAGGUUCCUGGGUGAUCGAGAGGCCACGAUGACCAUGAUGGAGGUCUCCCUGCUUACCGGCUUCUACCCCAACCAGGAUGACCUCAAACAGCUCACCAGUGAUGUGGAGACAUACGCCUUCCAGUAUGAGACCAAGACAAGCUCCAGUGACAGCACUGUGGUCCUCUACCUGGAGAAGGAAGCCGGGCUCAGCCCACUCAGUUCACCCCCUGCCUCAGCCCUGAGGUGCAGCGCCUUCUACAACCUGCCCAGGGAAGAAUCGUCUCUGCGGAAGAUCUGCCACCGAGACGUCUGCAGAUGUGCCGAGGGUGAGGCUCGCGGGGACACGGGCGCCCGGGAUGCCAGGCUGCAGGUCCAGGAGCCCUCGGCCACCUCCUGA